AUGAUGAUCGCCACUUUGCCGAGAGUUUUCUUGCUGGUCUUUUUGCCAUUAGCUCACAACUACGACAGCGGAUCGAGCUCAUGCAGUGUACAGUUAAGGAAGAACAACUUCGCUGAAACAUCCCAACUGAGAACCAGUCGACUGCUCGUGGCAGACAUCGACACGGAACUCGAAUCAGUUUACGACUCAGAGGCCAGCUUCUGGAAUAUUAAAAAUAGAUAUGAAGAAGAUCAAAGCGAUGCUGAAACUGUGUAUGAAGAGUCCCUGGCAGGUGAUGAGAAGGAGAAAAUUCCAUUAAAAGGAAGAUCCGGUUUAAGCUAUACCAUCGACAAGCGUAUGUUAGAAAAAAUUGAGAACAAAGGAAUAUUAAAAUGUCUGGAACAUGAUGAAGAAAUAAGAGAAAAUGAGGAACGACUUAAUCUUUUGAAGCAAAAAAUAAUGAACAGUAAAAUUUAUAAUGCGGAGGAUCAGCAGAAGUUGCUUGAAGGGCUAGAAAAAAUUAAUAUGAUGAAGGAAAAAUUAACGAAGAUGAAGCUAAUGAACACCCAAGUACUUAAAAUGAUAGAUAAUCAGAAGAAGUUAAGAGAAGAUGGAGGCUUGGUCCAAUCAAAGCCCAGCAAGGCUGCACGCUCCUCAGAUGGUAUGAGGAAAAAGAAAAAGUCUGUGCGCAACCCCAUCCGCAUGCUGGAUUCCCAAAUUGAAAAAAAAAUAUUUGAAGCGUGCCGUUAUAUUGAUGAAUGUAAAAACGACCCCAAUAUUAGCAAACAGAAAUAUAAGAUGAGAAAAUUUAAGAAAUACUGUUUAUUAUUUGGCUUACCCUUUGUGCUCAUAGUAUCCACAUUUUCUUAUUUAUCUUAUGAUGCGGAACCUACUACUAUGUUUGUAUUUGCUGUCGCAGGUUUUAUGUUAAUUCUUUACAUCCUGAUGAAGAAGAUGAGAAGUGACAAAAAAAAACGUGACAUAAGCAAACCUCGUUUCAAGGAUCACUCGGAAAGCUCCAAAAGAUCUCUAAAAUGA